GAGAGUGUAUUGCAGUUUCCGUUGUAAGUAGAGAAAUGAGAGAGAGAGAGAGCCAAGGUAGAAGAAUAAAAGCAUCGUCGGCGAAUCAGCUCUCAGGAUCCCCCUUCCUUCCUUCCCUCCCCUUCAGAUCCCACUAAUAAGUGUCUCUCUCUUUCUCUCUGAUUCUUCUUCAAUUUCAAUUUCAAUCUCUGCAUGUCCAUCAAUUCCUCUCUUUCUUUGUUUCCCAUCAAUCAAAUCGCCCCCCUCUCUCAUUUCUAGGGUUUCUUAAUUUCUUCUCCCCCCCCCCCUCCCUCGUUUUCUGCGGCAAUUAGGGUUUUAAUUCGGGGCGGGGAUGUAUCGGAUCGUGACCUAGGGCUUCUUGCUCCGAAUGUAUGAAGAUUUGGUGCUGCCCGUGCUUCACCGUAGAAGACGAACCGGAAGAGGAGGAGCGUAAGGAGGCCAUGAAGGAGGGCGAUUUCGUAAAUAAGGUGAAUUCCGAGGGGGUUAUGGCGAAUGAGGUGGACGAGGCGGAGGAGGAGGAGGAGGUGGUGCCGCGAUUGGAGCUCGCUGCCAGUGACGGCGGUGGCCGUGACGACCACCUGAGAAUGUUUGAAGGGAUGGUCCAGGCAAUGCGGAGCGGGACCCACUGGGACGAGUCGGUGUGUGUUGGCGCUCUCGACACGCUGAGGGCCGCGAUUAGGUCUCCUCGGUGGUCGGAGGGCGAGACUAGCUCGGCUCCGGUGGAUGCUGCCGCCGAGGAGGAGGACGGCGAUCACGAUUCGCAUCAUAAGCGAGCUAAAGUUCACUCCUUUUCUCAUGAUUUCCAUUAUGCAAUGGCAAUGUCUUCAGGUGCUGGAAAUUCUAGUUCCUCUGACAGAAACUACAGCAGAACUCAAGGCUCUAAUGUUCUGUAUAAGAGCGAAACUUUUUUCCAUAGUUUUACACCGACCAUUGGUGGUGAGGAGAAUCCCUAUGAAUCUGGCAGUGGGAAAGAUGAUGAAAGAGAUAAGGGUGACACUUCAACAACUGAAGAUUUUGAAGUUCGUAUGGAUCUUACAGAUGAUCUAUUACACAUGGUUUUCUCUUUCUUGGACCACAUCAAUCUUUGCCGAGCUGCAAUAGUCUGCAGGCAAUGGCGAGCUGCUAGUGCUCAUGAAGAUUUCUGGAGGUGCUUGAAUUUUGAGAAUCGGAACAUAUCUGUAGAGCAAUUUGAGGAUAUAUGUUGGCGGUAUCCGAAUGCCACAGAAUUGAAUAUUUCUGGUACCCCAGCUAUUCCGUUGCUUGUGAUGACAGCGAUCACAUCAUUGAGGAAUCUUGAAGUUUUAACUCUAGGCAAAGGGACAAUAGGAGAUCUUUUUUUCCAUUCCUUGGCAGAUUGUCUGAUGUUGAAAAGUUUGAUAGUCAAUGAUGCUACUCUUGGUACUGGUAUUCAGGAGAUACCUAUAAACCACGAUAGACUGCGUCAUCUUGAACUGACAAAAUGUCGUGUUAUGCGCAUAUCUAUCAGGUGUCCACAACUGGAGACACUGUCAAUGAAGCGCAGUAAUAUGGCCCAGGCUGUUCUCAAUAGCCCUCUUUUGCGCGAUCUUGAUUUAGGCUCUUGCCACAAGCUUUCCGAUGCUGCAAUUCGUUCAGCAGCAACUUCUUGUCCCCAAUUGGAGUCACUAGAUAUGUCAAAUUGUUCAUGUGUUAGUGAUGAAACACUACGUGAGAUAGCUCUUACUUGUGCAAAUCUCCAUGUUCUCAAUGCAUCAUACUGUCCUAAUGUAUCCCUAGAGUCUGUAAGACUGCCAAUGUUGACAGUUCUCAAGCUACACAGUUGUGAGGGCAUCACUUCCGCUUCCAUGGUUGCAAUAUCAAAUAGUUACAUGCUGGAGGUUUUGGAGCUUGACAAUUGCAGCCUUCUUACGUCUGUGAUAUUGGAUCUUCCACGCUUGCAGAAUAUUAGACUAGUACAUUGUCGCAAAUUUGCCGACCUGAAUCUACGAACUCUCAUGCUGUCAUCUAUAAUGGUGUCUAAUUGCCCUGUGCUCCACCGUAUCAGCAUCACUUCAAAUUCACUUCAAAAACUAUCAUUGCAGAAGCAAGAGAGCUUAACUACAUUGGCACUGCAAUGCCCAAGUUUACAAGAAGUGGAUCUCACAGAUUGUGAAUCUCUAACAAAUUCUAUAUGCAAUGUUUUCAGUGAUGGUGGUGGGUGCCCUAUGCUUAAAACUUUAGUUCUCGAAAACUGUGAGAGCUUAACAGCGGUUCGAUUCUGCAGCACUUCUUUAGUCAGUCUUUCACUUGUUGGUUGUCGGGGAAUCACUUCUCUUGAACUGACAUGCCCAUAUCUUGAACAAGUUUCUUUGGAUGGUUGUGAUCAUCUUGAAAGUGCAGCAUUUUUUCCGGUUGGUCUUAGGUCACUAAAUUUGGGAAUAUGUCCCAAACUGAACGCCCUCAGUAUCGACGCACCAAACAUGGUGCUGCUUGAGUUGAAGGGAUGUGGUGUGUUGUCUGAAGCAUCAAUUAAUUGUCCACUCUUAACGUCUCUGGACGCUUCCUUUUGCAGCCAGCUUAGGGACGAUUGCUUGUCUGCAACUGCCGCUUCAUGUCCACUGAUUGAGUCUUUAAUUCUAAUGUCAUGCCCCUCUGUUGGUUCUGAUGGACUCUAUUCUCUGCGCUGGCUUCCAAAUUUGAUUGUGCUUGAUUUGUCAUACACUUUCUUAAUGAGCUUGAAGCCAGUAUUCGAGUCUUGCAUUAAGCUAAAGGUUUUAAAAUUACAAGCAUGCAAGUAUCUAUCUGAUUCAUCCCUGGAGCCUCUUUACAAGGAAGGGGCUCUUCCAGCUCUCCAGGAAUUGGAUUUGUCUUAUGGAACCCUCUGUCAGUCUGCUAUUGAAGAGCUUCUUUCUUUCUGUACACAGUUAACUCAUGUGAGCUUGAAUGGCUGUGUGAACAUGCAUGACCUGAACUGGGGUAGCAGUGGUGGGCAGCCUCUUGUAACGUCUAGUAUCUCUGUCCCAUCACUUGAAUAUAUCCAUGAGCCAGUUGAGUAUGGAAACCGGCUACUGCAGAAUCUCAACUGUGUGGGUUGUCCAAAUAUCAGGAAAGUUCACAUUCCAGUAGCAGCAGGUUGUUUCCAUUUGACUUCAUUGAACCUUUCUCUGUCUGCAAAUUUGAAGGACGUAGAAGUUGCUUGUUUCAACCUAUGCUUUCUUAACCUGAGCAAUUGUUAUUCUUUGGAAGUUCUGAAGCUUGACUGUCCAAAAUUGACUAGUCUCUUUCUUCAGUCUUGCAACAUGAAUGAAGCAGCAGUGGAAGCUGCAAUAUCAAAAUGUAGCAUGCUGGAGACUCUUGAUGUCCGUUUUUGUCCCAAGAUAUGUCCAUUAAGCAUGGGAAGAUUACGUGCUGCGUGCCCAAGUUUGAAGCGCAUCUUUAGCAGCCUGUCACCACAGUCAUGAGCAGGAGCAAGGAAUGCAUCUUUCUGGUCAGCAAAUGAUUUGGUCAUCAAUCAAUGAACUUCUAUGUAAAUGGUUUUAUCUAUUUCGGUUGCACUUGCUUUGAGAAUAUAGGUAGCAGACGUGGGCGUCUUAUCUUGCCAUACAAUAAGUUUACCUGGGUUGUAAUGUUGUAUGAUUGUUUGUUUCUUUUAAUUCAAUUUUUCAGAUUUGGCGAAAUUCAAAACAAGCUGAAUUCUGUGUUUGUAUAGGGUACUACAUUUGCGUCUGUAUGUGAUGAUACAAUAAAUUAUAUUUGUUUCUAAUA